CUACCCCUUCCCCAACCCUUCAAUUUUCCUCUUCCCCAGUUCGCCGCUCCGUCCGCCACACACCUCGCCGCUGCAACUCCAUCCGCCGCAGCCCAGGUAUGUUCUCCUCCUUCCAGCUCAGUUACCUCCCCCUCUUGCUCCGAUUCCCCCUGCGAUUCCCCCCUGCGAUCGAGAGGCGGUGAGACCGUGACUCCGUGAGAGGGGUUGCUAUUAACCUAGAUAAUUCCCCGAUCGUCGAUUACUCAGUCCCCAUCUCCGGUUCAGGCUGCGUUUCCAGUUUUGAACUUCCGCUUCAGCACCCUGCGUCUCCGGUCUUUCGAUUCAGAGCAAUCCGAUCCAGGCAUCCAACCAUCCAGGGUCCUUCUGGAUUUGGGACCGGCCCUGAUAUCUAGUUGUUUGCUUUUGAUUCACGUUACAACUUCUUAGUCAUGGUGUUCAUCAAAUCUCCCGAUAAUCGAACCCUAACCCUAGACGUGAACCCCUCCACAAUAACCCUUCCCUCGUUGUGCCUCAAAAUCCAUGAGAAUCACCACAUACCCCUUCAUAGCCAACACAUAUUCCUCAGCUGCCGUCGCCUAACCAACAGCAAUGUGCCCAUCUCAGAUCUUGGCGUUUCUGUCAAUUCCACUCUAACCCUACAUGUUCCUCUGCUUGGUGGGAUGCAGGCUCCAGUCCAACCGAAGAGCAGGCUUGAGUUUCUUAAUACCAAACCACCUGCUAAUUAUGUUGCCGGGCUUGGUCGUGGUGCCACUGGUUUCACCACAAGAUCUGAUAUUGGGCCGGCCCGAGCUGCCCCUGAUCUUCCUGAUAGAUCGGCCAUUGGUGCUGCUGCUGCUGCACCUGCUGGGGUUGGCCGUGGCAGAGGGAAAGGAGGCGGGGAAGAAGACGAAGAUGACGAGAAUGAUGAGAAGGGGUAUGAUGAGAAUCAGAAGUUUGAUGAGUUUGAAGGGAAUGAUGUAGGUCUGUUUGCAUCAGCAGAGUAUGAUGAGGAUGACAAGGAAGCUGAUGCAAUUUGGGAGGCUAUUGAUCAGAGAAUGGAUUCAAGGAGGAAAGACCGAAGAGAGGCAAGGCUUAAGCAAGAAAUUGAGAAGUAUCGUGCAUCAAACCCCAAGAUUACUGAACAGUUCGCAGAUUUAAAGAGAAAGUUGCAUACGAUGUCCACCCAUGAGUGGGAUAGUAUACCUGAAAUUGGGGAUUAUUCAUUGAGGAAUAAAAAGAAGAGAUUUGAGAGUUUUGUGCCGGUUCCUGAUACUUUAUUGGAGAAGGCAAGGCAAGAAAAAGAGCAUGUUACAGCUUUGGAUCCAAAGAGUAGGGGAGUUGGUGGGGCUGAAACACCAUGGUCUCAAACUCCAGUUGCAGAUUUAACUGCUAUGGGUGAAGGGAGGGGCACCGUUUUGGAGGUGAGGUUGGAUCGCAUUUUAGACUCGGUCACCGGGCAGACAGUUGUGGAUCCAAAAGGUUAUUUGACCGACUUGAAGAGUAUGAAAAUCACUAGCGAUGCCGAGAUCUCUGAUAUAAAGAAGGCCAGGUUGUUGCUUAAAUCAGUAACUACAACCAAUCCCAAACACCCGCCCGGUUGGAUUGCAGCCGCAAGAUUGGAGGAGGUUGCUGGUAAGUUGCAGGUUGCAAGACAGUUGAUUAAAAAGGGAUGUGAAGAGUGCCCCAAGAGCGAGGACAUUUGGCUGGAAGCAUGCCGGCUUGCUAGCCCUGGUGAGGCUAAGGCUGUAAUUGCAAGUGGUAUAAAGGUGAAUCCAACUUCAGUGAAACUGUGGCUAGAGGCUACAAAAUUGGAAGAAGAUGAUUCAAAUAAGAGUCGUGUUUUGAGGAAAGGGUUGGAACAUAUACCCAAUUCAGUUAGACUUUGGAAAGCUGUUGUGGAGUUGGCCAAUGAGGAAGAUGCUAGACUUUUGCUUCAGAGGGCUGUUGAGUGCUGUCCGUUGCAUGUUGAGUUGUGGCUUGCUCUUGCUAAAUUGGAGAAUUAUGACAAUGCUAAGAAGGUACUUAAUAAGGCAAGAGAGAAGCUUCCCAAGGAACCUGCCAUUUGGAUAACUGCUGCAAGACUGGAAGAAGCUAACGGGAAUACCACUACGGUUCUUAAAAUCAUAGAAAGAGGUAUCAGGGCAUUGCAGAGAGAAGGUCUGGAAAUUGAUCGCGAAUCUUGGAUGAAGGAAGCUGAGGGUUGUGAAAGAGCUGGGUCUGUUCUGACCUGCCAGGCUAUAAUAACUAACACCGUUGGACUUGGGGUGGAAGAAGAAGACAGGAAAAGGACUUGGGUUGCUGACGCGGAAGAAUGCAAAAAGAGGGGAUCCAUUGAAACAGCGAGGCAAAUUUAUUCUCAUGCCCUCACGGUGUUCAGGACUAAGAAGAGCAUCUGGCUUAAAGCGGCACAACUGGAGAAGAGCCACGGAACCCGGGAAAGCCUCGACGCUCUCCUCCGUAAAGCAGUUACAUAUAUACCAAAUGCUGAGGUUCUAUGGUUAAUGGGUGCCAAAGAGAAGUGGCUUGCCGGUGAUGUGCCUGCUGCCAGGGCAAUUCUUGAGGAAGCAUUUGCUGCAAUUCCAGAUUCCGAGGAGAUUUGGUUUGCUGCUUUUAAGCUCGAGUUUGAGAACAAAGAAACUGAGAGAGCCAGAAAACUGCUUGCUAAGGCUCGAGAUAGAAUACCCGGGGCAGAACGUGUCUGGAUGAAAUCUGCAAUAGUUGAGAGAGAAUUAGGGAACAUAGAUGAAGAGAAAUUCCUGCUCGAUGAUGGGCUGAAGCGAUUCCCCUCCUUUUUCAAACUCUGGUUGAUGCGCGGUCAGCUUGAAGAACGUCUUGGCAAUCUGGAGAAUGCAAAGAGUACAUAUGAAUCUGGUUUGCAGAACUGUCCAAACUGCAUCCCCUUGUGGUUAUCUCUUGCUAAACUGGAGGAGAGGAUUAGCGGUGGAUUGAGCAAAGCUAGAGCAGUUCUUACCAUGGCCAGGAAGAAAAACCCAAAGAAUCCUCAACUAUGGCUUGCUGCAGUACGGGCUGAGGCCCGGCAUGGCUACAAGAAGGAAGCUGAUGUUCUUAUGGCAAAGGCAUUACAGGAGUGCCCGACAAGUGGUAUACUAUUGGCCGCUUCUAUUGAGAUGGCACCACGUCCUCAGAGAAAAUCUAAGAGUUCAGAUGCUUACAAGAAGUGCAACCAGGACGCAUAUGUUCUUGCUGCCAUUGCAAAGCUGUUCUGGAACGACAGGAAGGUUGAUAAAGCUAGGACGUGGUUCAACCGGGCCGUCACAAUUGCUCCGGAUAUUGGUGAUUUCUGGGCUUUGUUCUACAGGUUCGAGGAGCAGUUUGGUUCUGAAGAUACAAGGAAUGAGGUGCUGAGAAAAUGUGUUGCUGCUGAGCCUAAGCAUGGCGAAAAGUGGCAAUCAAUAGCCAAGGCCGUGGAGAAUUCUCACAAGCCUACGGAUCAAGUUUUGCACCGAGUGGUUGCUGCACUGAAGAAAGAAGAGAGUGCCGCUGCUGCUGCUGAGAUCAACGAGUAACAUUAGUCUGCACUAGUUUUGGAUGUUCUUUGAGAUUUGUUAUCUUUUUUGAGAUAUGCAUAGCAACAAGGAAUUGCAGUCAGCUACUAUGUUUGAUUGAGACUUUCAGUCUCAUCACAGAAGAGUGAUACCCAUACAGAAGAACAGAGGGGUUAAAACACAAUACUCAUCAAUCAUCAUUUCAGCUCAAAGUGUUGCAAAGAAACAGUGGAGCAAAUAUCCCAAGAAUGCUGCUCCCUUGAUAGGUUCCAUAUCAGAUUCUUGAUAUCUUCACUAACACUUUGUUUGGUUCAAUGAAAUUAAAAGGGAAAUGAAAAGAAAAUGAGAAGGAAAACAAUUCUUCAUGCUGUUAUAAAGGAAAUGAAAAGAGAAGUCGAAGGAAAAGAAAAUUAGAAGACUACAUACACUAAGGAGAGGAAAAACCAAAAUCUUCCUAUUUUGGUGAGGAAAAUGAGAGAAAAUCAUUAUCUUUUCUUUUCCUUCCAUAAUCCUUGAACCAAACAAAGUGCAAGGAAGCAUCAAGGAAAUGAAAAGAAAAUGGUAUUCUCUCACUUCUAAAAUCCCUCAUCUUAGUUCUUUUUGUCUUCUCAUUUUCUUUUGGUUCCACUUUUCUUUUCUUCACUUUUCUUUUCUUUUCUUUUCCUUGUUAAUCAAACAAGAAAAAAAAUGUUUUCCGUCUCAUUUUCUUUUCUUUUCCCUUUCAAAUUUCUUGAACCAAACAGAGUGUUAUAACCCGUGCAAGACGUUUCCCAUAUUUGAGCAUUGCAGCCAGUGUAUUAUGUUUGGACAGAUAUGAAAAUGUAGUGUCAAUUUCCCCAAGUUCAACUCCUUUUUCAUUGCAAGCCAUGGCAUUCAUACAAGGAGAAUGAUAGGGGCCAAAGUAUUGGGUAAUGUGUUUUGAAUUUACCACCAUGCCCAAAAUUGAAUUACUAUGUGCUCCCUUUUUUCGUUUUGUUUUCAUUGGGAACGUUCUAAUGGUUAAAUGAUUUGCUUGAAAAGUUGGUAUUUACUGUUACUGGUCAUGUCUCUCAAUGGGUUACAAGAAAAUUGAUGGUAAUUU